AACUGUAUGUUCACGUCUCUCUCUCUCUCCCUCUCUCGUCGGUCUUGCCUCCGUGCGUGACACCGGCGCACCAUAUGCCUCCCAAAACAAGACACAGUGAAGCAACGCAAAGUAUUGAAUAAGUAGCAAGAUAACAUAGCUAACGGACAUCAAGCCAGCUGCGUUAUUCAGAGUCAAGCUAGCUAGCUAUCUUAGCUAACUGUGCCAUGGACCCGCGAGACACAGCACCGGAUUCGUGGGAGCAGGAGGAGGAUGUCAAGGCCCGAGCUGCCGCGGGGCUCCAGUCCGCUCUCGCCGCUCUCAACGUCAAUGCCAAGCCAUUUAUCCCGAAUGUCGACGCGGCGGUGUUUGUGCCGACUUUCCUUCAAAGUAGCCCUACGGAAAUCUCAAAUUCCGACGGUCACGGUGCUGAGCCAGUUGCCAGCAUGGAGGUUUUAGAAACAGUUGCUCCGGUGGAGAACGGAGGAGGGACAGAAACAGACAUGGCGGUGGAGGUGGAGACGUGGGAGCAGAAAGAGGAGCCCGGGGAAGGAGAACCAGGAGGAGGGGGAGCCCUGGGAGGAGAGGGAGGUUCCAGUGAAGAGGCACAGGGAAGGGAGGAAGUGGAGAUGAUGGAGGAGGAAGAAGAGGAGGAGUUGCCCGUGCUAAAAGUAAUCCCGCUCCCACCAAAUGCCCCGAAGAAGGAGCAUGUCAAUGUGGUGUUCAUCGGUCAUGUGGAUGCUGGUAAAUCAACUAUUGGAGGACAGAUCAUGUAUUUGACAGGUAUGGUGGAGAAAAGAACCCUGGAGAAAUAUGAAAGAGAAGCCAAAGAAAAAAACAGAGAAACAUGGUACCUGUCCUGGGCCCUGGACACUAACCAGGAGGAGAGAGACAAGGGAAAGACGGUGGAGGUGGGGAGAGCCUACUUUGAGACAGAGAAAAAACACUUUACUAUCCUGGAUGCCCCUGGCCACAAAAGCUUUGUCCCCAACAUGAUUGGUGGGGCAUCACAGGCUGACUUGGCAGUGCUGGUGAUCUCGGCCAGAAAAGGAGAGUUUGAGACAGGCUUUGAGAAGGGAGGCCAGACGCGGGAGCACGCCAUGCUGGCCAAGACGGCUGGAGUCAAACACCUCAUCAUCCUCGUCAACAAGAUGGACGACCCCACCGUCAACUGGAGCUUGGAAAGGUAUGAGGAAUGUAAAGAGAAAUUAGUGCCAUUUCUGAAGAAGGUGGGCUUCAACCCAAAGAAGGACAUCUACUUCAUGCCUUGCUCUGGGCUAACGGGAGCCAACUUGAAGGACCCCAUAGAGGAGUGCACGUGGUACACGGGGUUGCCAUUCAUCCCACACCUAGACAGCCUGCCAAGCUUCAACAGAAUCACAGACGGCCCCGUCAGAUUACCCAUUGUAGACAAAUACAAGGAUAUGGGCACGGUGAUCCUGGGGAAGCUGGAGUCUGGCUCCAUUGCCAAAGCCCAGCAGCUGGUCAUGAUGCCUAACAGGCACACAGUGGAGGUGCUGAGCCUGCUGUCUGAUGAGGUGGAGACAGAUGAAGCUGUUCCUGGAGAGAACCUGAAGCUAAGGCUGAAGGGCAUCGAGGAAGAGGAGAUUCUGCCUGGCUUCAUCCUCUGUAACGCUGAGAACCUCUGCCACUCCGGACGCACCUUUGAUGCCCAGAUCGUCAUCAUUGAGCAUAAAUCCAUAAUCUGCCCAGGUUACAACGCAGUCCUACACAUCCACACCUGUAUUGAAGAAGUACAAAUCACAGCCUUAAUCUGUCUAGUGGACAAGAAGACAGGUGAGAAGAGCAAGACGCGACCUCGCUUUGUCAAACAGGACCAGGUGUGCAUCGCCCGGCUUCGGUGUGCCGGAACCAUCUGCCUCGAGACCUUCAAAGACUUCCCACAGAUGGGGAGGUUCACCCUACGAGAUGAAGGCAAAACCAUUGCUAUUGGCAAAGUGCUGAAGCUGGUACCAGAGAAGGACUAAUGUGAACCAGCCCUGGAAUCCUGGGACAGUUGUCAUGACAGAGGCGGAAGCUGCUGACGCCGACCUAGCCAGCCACCCCCUCUUACAUACCACUCUCUCCUGAAGAGGAUGAGGAAGAGAGGGAGGAGAACAAAUGAAGUUUGAAAAUAAAGAAGAAACUGUAAAAAGUGACUGAAUCAGUUUUUAUGAUGAACAAUAUUAAAGAAAGACAAGUCCAGUGUGUCAGCUUUCUCAUAUUGAGAGCUCAGCUAUGCCACUAAUGUAGCCGCUACCCUUUCCUAGGCCAACCUCACUCUGCGCUGGUCUACCUUUUUGUUUUGGAAAUGGGAAUGUAUGCAGUGUUACAUUGUUUGGAAAGGAAGGGACUGACGUUGCAUCCGGUUGCAUCACUUUGGACCAGAGUUAGCUAGUUAUACCCAUUCAAAUCCAAAAUAUUAUACCAAAAUGUUAAUAUUUUGGUUGUAGACAUCCCCAUACCAAAAUCCUAUCUGGUAUGUUCACACACAAUCAAACAAACAUGGUUCCUGUUGUGAUCAUGUGUUGUCACGUUACCAACAACAAUGAAAAUAAAGUAUCAAACUGAGGAAUAAAAGUAAAAGCUCUGUUUAUUCUCAAUUUCUUACUAUGUUCAUUUAGCCUUUUUGAAUCUUGUAUGUAGAAAGAAGUGUGCAGAAAUUGUCCUCAAACUUCUUGCAAAUAAAGUUGGGAUGUUUCAAUUUCAAGAGUGAAGCGAACCAAUCGAUUUGCGCAUGCGUCAACCUGGAUAUGUGGAUAAACGUGAAGAAAGAAGUAUGGCAGACAAACCGGAGGAUUUGCCACUGGACCGGGUGCAGGUAAAGAAGGCUGUUCAAGCACUACAGGCUUUCCUGAAGACCAAGUCCACCCUAGACUCUCUGCUCCUGGACGAGAGUCAACACCUCGCCCUCCACUUCACACUAUGGAAGAUCCCCAAGCAGAGCCAGACCAUCCGCAUCCCCUUGCCUCAUGGCAUCCGCACUGAUGCAGACGAGGUGUCACUUUACCAGAGAUGAACGGAACACGACCCCUGACCAGACCCAGCAGUUCUACAAGAAGCUCCUGACAGAGCGGGGGGGGGGUCAAGAAUAUCAGAGGUGAUCCCUUAUAAGACCCUGAGGACUGAGUACAAGCCCUUUGAAGCCAAACGACGGCUGCUGGGGAACUUUGACAUGUUUAUUUCAGACGACCGCAUUCGCCGCCUGCUGUCCUCGCACUUCUACGAGAGAAAGAAGGAGCCUUAUUCAUUGAACCUGCAGAGCAAGAAGCUGGCCUUGGACAUCCAGAGAACCAUCCAGGGAACAACAAUCUCCAUUUCUAAGAAAGGCUGCUGCUGGUGAGGCCUGCUCCCUGACUUACAUGGCUUGUGUGGCCCACUCUGGGAUGGCUGCAGAUGAAAUAGCAGAGAAUAUUGAUUCAGCUGUCAGCACCAUCGUGACAAAACUACGCAUG